UUAAUAUAUGAAUAAAGAGUUGUCUUUAGUCGUCCUAAUAAGGUGUCACAGUAGACCACAGCACCCGAGCAGUAAGUGCUUGCCCAGCUCUCAGGCUGCGUGCUGCACAGGUUGGCUCCGCUGGCUCAGGGAGUGGGCAUGGUGCAGCCAAGCCCCUAGAGCUGCUGCAGGUGUAAAAGUUCCUCGUAAUUUUCGUCUGUUGGAAGAACUUGAAGAAGGUCAAAAAGGAGUAGGCGAUGGAACAGUUAGUUGGGGCCUUGAAGAUGAUGAAGAUAUGACACUCACAAGAUGGACAGGAAUGAUUAUUGGGCCUCCAAGAACAAUUUAUGAAAACAGAAUAUACAGCCUUAAAAUAGAAUGUGGGCCUAAGUAUCCAGAAGCACCUCCAUUUGUAAGAUUUGUAACAAAAAUUAAUAUGAAUGGAGUAAAUAGUUCUAAUGGAGUGGUGGACCCCAGAGCCAUAUCAGUCCUAGCAAAAUGGCAGAAUUCUUUUAGUAUCAAAGUUGUUCUGCAAGAGCUUCGGCGUCUAAUGAUGUCUAAAGAAAAUAUGAAACUUCCUCAACCACCUGAAGGACAAUGUUACAGCAAUUAAUUAAAAAAAAAAAAAUCAUGCCCCUUUAUUCAAUUUAAGCUGUCUUCAUUUUCCACAGUAGUAAAUUUUCUAGAUGCAUCUUGUAGACCUCAAAAUACUGGAAAGGAAGUUCCCAUUCAAAGAACAUUUUUCUUGAGAUACUGUAAAUGAUACUAAUUUUUUUCAUUUGAAAUAUAAGUUGUGCUAUAACAAAUAAUCCUGUCGUGUAACCACUGUCCACAUAGCUGAACUUCUGGUAUCAGGAAAAGUCGAUUCAAAUUGAUUACUGUCAAGACCAGUGUGGCACAUCUAACUUAACUGUGAAGCAUACAUCCCACAAUCA